AUGGGCAAGAAAUCAUCCAGAUUCUUGAGCUUCACCUCUCCUCCGGCUCUGUCCAGACAUCCAUGGAUUUAUGUCAACGACCCGACCACCAACACCCCCCAUGCCACCAGUCUCAAAGACAUGAUCGGCGACUGUGUCCUCUCCCGUCACACCACACCCGAAGAAUCCGAAGCCGAGAAGCUUGCCGUCUGUCUCGAUGUCCUCAAAGAUGACACCGCGGGCACUGGCCAAAAUGUAUUCCUCAUCACCGAGCACCUUGCAGACUCCAAGACCACCGACAAGCUCGAGACCGCCAAGAAGUUCCGGGAGCUGGCCAUCAAGGGCGGACGCAACUUUGCCAGCGUGAAUCUGUAUCUUCAGCAUGGUACAAAGGAGAAGGAGCGAGCAGAAUGGGGUCCGAACCAUCUCGAGUUGGGUAUCGCGAAUAUGACCGUCAAGGAAGUUGUGCAGAACAUCUACGAAUGGCUAUGUAUAGACCUCUCUGCUGCUUCCUCUUCUUCUUCUUCCUCUCCCCCCUCCCUCCCUAUAGUCGUUCCUUUCCGUACCUUGGCCUUGGACUCUGACAUUCUCUGCGACGCCUCAGUCACUGUUUUGUCCCCAACCGAGCAUGUCCACCUCCUCCCAAGCGCCAAACUCCUGGCAGUGGAUAGGAAGAAUUUCGCCGACUACGAAUACUGUCCGAUCGCUGACACCAGAAGCCGCUCGAAGGACGCCAAGAUCCAGUUUGUGGUUGUCAUUGUCACGAAGCCUGUCGUCGUCCCAAAUACCCAGCGCCUGCAGUGGACGGUGGCUGACAAGUCCGGCAUGGGGAAUUUCUAUUUCCAAUACCGCGGCGAUACUUCGCAGUAUACCUGGGAUUGGGUCCUGGCCCUCAAACCCGGAGACGUCAAAGCCCUUCCCCGCAUGCCAAUGGUCCAGAUCAAGGAACCGCGCCACGUCCGCGUCGCCAAGUUCCCCUUGCGUACCGCGGCCGUCGCAAUCUCGGGAAUUGGCCUCGCCAUGAAGACUGUGGGUCACGGCGUCGCCAAGCUCGGCGACAUCACUUCCAUGGGGAAGUCCUCGGAGUGGGUGCCCUCGGGCGAUGUUAUGGUGCAGAAGAACGGCCAGAUGAAAAAAAUCGACUGGGCGGCCGAAUUUGACAGGGAGAACAAGGACAGAAAGGCCAAGUUCGAGAAGUCGGAGCGUUGGACCUGUGCGAAGCUCAAGGCCGCGAUGAAGAAGCAGGGCUCGCCGAAAGAAAAGGACUGCGAGAGCGUGGGUGGCUCGAGCACGUUGCGGGGGAGCGACUACGAGAGCGAGAAGGCCAUCGUGUCGGAGAAAGAGUUCUGUUAG